AGCCACACACCCGUGGGCACCUUGAAACGCCCAGAACUGGUGAAGUCCCGGUCUGCAUCAAGCUUCCAUCUCAACAUGUCUAAAAAGAACGGCUCCUUGUCGAAUCUCAGCUUCUUGCACAAAAAGAAGCAAAAGUGAUUGAUAACCUGAUAGAGGUUUGCACUUGGAUGCAAUAUUCUCGUGCUACCAGACACAACUAUUUGAAACACCGGUGCAAGGUUGCCUGGUAUUUUUGAUAUGUUAAAAAUUGAAUCAAGUGUGGGAAAAAAGGGUCGCUGAAAAAAACAUUUAAAUUAGUUUCAGCUUCCCCUGUCUUGAUCACUAAAUACUACAUUCACGGGACGUUCGCUUUCUGAGCACAGCGUCAUGAGCUAUGAAAACUACUCCCAAAAUAAACCUGACUCCGCAGACACCACAGAGUCGAACUUUGGCACCUCCGUGUCGGGCGAGGGGGUGCUGAGAUCGGAGUCCUUCUCAGGCUCCCAAAGCUCUUCCAAGCUAAACAAACUAGAACUAUCCCCCGAUAUUAACGCUUCCAAGUCAAUCAGGUCUUCGAACUCAGACACUCAAUUUGAUCUCUACAGGAGCAAUCCAAUGGAGACGGCCUCACAGUCUCCCCACAUCAGGUGGCAGCAGCAGACGUCGUCUGUGUCGAGGAUUCCGAGUCUGGGCGAUACCGCUGGGAUCUCAAUGCCCCAGGUCUCAAACACCCAAGUCUUGAGCGGACUGGACUCGUCUAGCAAGUAUUCAGGGUAUUCCUGGGCAUCUGCCGUUAACCCUUCCUCUGCCACAAAUAAUUAUAAUACCACGGCAGCCAGCAGAGAUUUAUGGUCCAGCACUGCAGCUACCGUGUCUGCGGGGAAAUUGACAGCCAAUACCAGCACCUCCUCGUCCAACUUGCCUAAGAUGCAAGGCAAUUACUAUUCAGGCUCAGACUCUCUUUUCAAUCCAUUGUAUGAUACCUCAAACGGAAGUAUACCGCUCGCGGCAUCAACAUCAAUGUCUAACUCAGAUAUGGAUACCUUGGCGAUGCAGCUCAUGCAAUUGAACCUUCCCAAAUCGUCAUCCAAUCUUCAAUCUCUGCAAACUCACAAAGCGUCGAGUUAUUCUUCGAGCAACGACUUCUAUAUGUCCUGGCCCACCUAUUCCAAUCAGACGGCCAAUGCUGUAUCAAAAGCGCCUUCAAAUAGCCAGUCCUCUGCAUACAUGAAUAUUCAACAGCAAAGAAACAUAGACCAGAGAGGCUCUCAGACGCAAAAGUCAGGCUCUCCGGAGUCUGUUGCGGAGAUCGAAGAUCACAAAAUUCAGCUUGAGCUAAAGGAUUCUAUCAUUAAAAAGCUGGAAGAGGAGGUUGCGAGAUUGAACUCAAUUCUGAGGGUCUCCGAUAGUGAUGACAAUAGGAAAACAUUCGAAAUACCGAAAAAUCACGAACAGUUAUAUACAAAGCUCACAGAGAAGCUCCAAGCUGCCCAAGAGGAGCUGGAGGAAACGAAGCUUAGACUGGAAGUCGUUUUGACUGCUGUUGCAUUGAACCCAAACCAGUCGAUCACCAAGACUGGGAGGUACGACGAGGAGGAGAUUGCACACAAGAUCAUUACCAAGAUGCAGAUGCUGACCGAGGAGAACGAGGAAAUGGCCAAGAUGCUGAGCUACGGCAAAUCAAAGGAGAAGGAUAUUGAGAUUGGACUUUUGAGAAAACAGAAUGUAGAGCUGAAGACCAAGGUUGCGAAACUAGAAGUCAAACUGAAGGAGCUCAAGAAAUAACGUCUUCAUUGCAAUGUAUCGACGAGUUUUUGCUUAUGCUAUACAUUGAUUAUUAAAUAGAGAAAUGCUACCCAUGCACAAACUUGCUUGAAGUUCAAUGUCACCUUCCAAAUCGCGCGUGUUCAAAGUUCCGAGUUCUCAAACACGUAGAUGUAACCCGUUUUCUCUAUCUCCUUGAUGCUCUCCUCAUUGGCAAGAACAACCUUUUCGUCAUUAAAUAGCACCCAGUUUUCCUGACCUUCUAUUUGUUUCUUCAAAAAGGCAACAUAGUGGCCAGAGUGAAUCGUGACUCCCUUGUGACAGAUGAUACCUUUUAGAAUAUACUUUGUGCUAUGUGAAGCACUGGACUCCAUUUGUUUAAUUCGUUCCUGUGGCGAACUAGCAACGUCCUGACUGAUAUCACCAUCGUCGUCGGGAUUGGCAAAAAGCCACUCAACAGCCUGUUCGAUGUUGCCUUUGCUCAACAACAAGGCUUUCUUUGCCAGUUUUGCGUCGAAUCCCAUGGACGUGAGCGAUUCCACCUCUUGCUCCGAAACCUUUGGACCGGGUGCUGGAGCAGGCUCGAAAGGAUCGUCGAUGUCUGGAUCCUCCAUGUGUUCAAACAACCAGUUCAUUGCUGUGUCUGCAUCUCUGUUUCCUGUGGUAUAAAGAGCUCUCUUGCACCUGUUCUCAGGGAAGCCCAUGGCCAACAGAGCAUUCAUUGCGUCCUGGUUGAAGGAAUACGAGGAGGAAACCUCAUCUUCGGGAAGCAGUUCUUCGUCUGUUUGAAGGCCAGUUGAUUUAUAUUUUGAGAGGUCUAUAACCUCCUCAAACUUGAUAGGGACAUCUAAUUUGAUAGGCACCCAGUUCUCCAGUUUUAUUCUUUGAGGAGACAAAAUCAGAUAUUUGGGAAACGAGGUGAGUCCUUGCUUUUUGGAGCCCGACUGUAAUUUUUGGCACCUUGGACACUGGUACUCAAUCGUUUCGGAUGUGCCAAGUUCCAAAAGACAGUCUUCCAAGCGCACUUCACUAUACACCUUCUUCCCGUCAUCACCAACACGUAAAACCUUGUCCUGUACAGGCAAACGAAUGUUGUUGGUAAGCUCCUUGGCGAGUCUCACGCCGCCACAUCCAUGACAUUUAAUCUUGUUCUCUAAGACAAAAUCAAAUGCCUGAGUAGGACUUGUGGAAGAGACUCCGUUCAAUUUCUGGUCUUCGAUUUUGUCCAAUAAAUAAAGCAGGAACUCAAACGCAUCCUGUUGUUGCAUGGUGCAGAAUUCCAUAUGGCCUUCACCAAUCAGCGUCUUGAACCCCUGUGGCUUGAUUCCUCGCUGAAACUUGACCUUUUCAGUCGUCAGCUCAUCCGGGAUCGAGUAUCUGCCUGAGAGCAGCCCGUCUCCUAGUUUGAAUAGCUGAGUUUCCAAGUCCCUGGAUGGAUCACCCGGAUUGAGAAUCUUUUCCACGGGCAUUCCCUCCUCUAUAUAAAAGGCUGACGAAAAGUCACGAACGGAAAAUAGCACUUGCAAUACAGACGAGAGAUAACAAGAGUUCCCCAAAUUCUUGAUACCUGUGAGACCUUUUCCAAACACAGGAGUAAGCACAUCUCCACUCUCGUUGGACAUGUUGAAAUCCCAUUUGAUAUUCUGCUCAAGUUGUAGCUCUGUAAGUGUUUUUUCUGUCUUGACGGUCUGAGAAAUGUCGAUGCCAAAAGUAGCAAGAAGCCUGACAAGGUCCGGUACUUUGACCUCAUCAUUGCAAGUGUAGCAAUACGAAUCGGCAGAGUUUAGCGAUAAAGACCCAAGUUUGACCGCAAUGUGGUGAUCUGGAAAGGAUUCAUGAUGCUUCAAUGCGUGGGAGUUUCCAGCAACGCCGCCGAAUUGCGCCCGACCACACCCGAUAGACCCACACGUGACACAAAUCCAUAGAUUUUCCUUCAAUCCACACUGAGCGCACUGGCUCGUAUCGAGUUCUGCAAGUGGGCUUUGUUCGAUGUCGAAAGCGUGUGGACAGGGGACAAUUUCCUGCUCCCAGGCCUUGAUUUCUUGCUUUUUAUCGCUAGAGGUCGCUUUUAAAAUGGCUGCUGCACAGUUGGCAAUAUGGGC